UGCGGAAGCUUCGUUAGUUAGUGGGGUGUGUUUGUAUGUGUUGAUGAUGGAAGCUUCAGAUGGAAUUUCCCACACUUGGAAUUUCUGCCGGGCGGUGAAUAUCUAAUCCCUGUAAAAUCGGGGGUUCCACGUCUAGAAUGCCGACAUUUAUGAUUGUAUGCAACCUUGAUCCUUUGUCUUUUACAGUAUAUUUACCUUUACUUAACAAACAAAACUUAAGCUUCAUCAUUAGCACAUCGAAACCCUUCCUUACACCCAGAGUCUACCAGAAAUAUUGAACUUGAACAUUGAGCCAAGAUGACUACCGCACACAGACCUACCUUCGAUCCGGCGCGUGGAAAAGAAGCCCUUCGAGGACCAGCCUACCACCAAAGGCUCCUUCCCGCUCAUACCCAGCUCAAAUUCAGACAACCCGGCCAAGGAGGAGAUGCAGAUGAGCCACGCGACUUGCGAGCCGAGCUCCUCGCUGCCGAAGCCGCCCACUUCGCCAAGCAGAACGGGGGCGCCCUACCUGAUGCUCCUGAUGCCGAACCCACUACCAACAACGCGGCAAAACGUCCCCUAGAGUUAACAUCGCAAGCUGAGGGUGAUAGAAAUGGAGAAGAAGACCCCGAUGCGAAACGGCGGCGCAUAUUAGAGGAAUCCCGAGACGUGGAUGCAGACUCGGAUGAUGAGGAGGAGGACGAUGACGACAGUGAAGAAGACAGUGACGACGAAGAAGAUGAGGAGGCUGAGUUGCAGCGAGAGCUGGAGAAGAUCAGACGGGAGCGCGCUGAAAAGCGCGAAAAAGAAGAGCGGGAGAAGGCUGCGGCUGAGGAGGAGGAGCGAGAAAAGGAUAUUGCGCUGGGUAACCCGUUGUUGAAUCCUAAGAAUUUCAAUAUGAAGCGAAGGUGGGAUGACGACGUCGUUUUCAAGAACCAGGCAAGAGGUACUGAAGACAAGGGCAAGAAGAAGGAGUUCAUUAACGAUCUUUUGCGAUCCGACUUCCAUAAGCGGUUCAUGAGCAAAUACGUCAGAUAAGACGUGUGCUACCUGAUGAACGAUGGAUACUACCUGUAGGAAGAAUAGGUACUCAUAUUGAACUCGAAGUACGGGACUUGAUUCCUAGGUAUUCAAGAAGGUGGUCUUUGUUGUAAAAUUAUUCCCCUCGGGUUCAAUCACCCGACUCGCAUUGGUAUCUAAGCGAUGGCGCAAGACGAUUCAGAAUUUCAUUACGGAUACCGCUACAGAGUUAGUGGUUACUACUUCAUUCAAUAACACGGAUGGGUUAGGAAGAAGACAAAAGAUGGUCCAUGACCUUAAAUUGAUGGUUUUAUAGUACCCC